AUGUUUGCUUCUGUCUUCCCUGCUCUUAGCUAUUACAUUGCCGGGCUCCCAGAAUGGCAAGGAUGCUGUCUCGUCCUGUACAUUGAAAAGGACUGUGGGGGAAUCUGUCCAACUGCCACUGAACUUGUCCUUGCAUCCUGAUAUCCGAGAGAUUGAGUGGAGUUGGGAUUCUGAAGAUGACAAAAAGCAGUUGCUGGUGUCCUGGAAGCCUAAUAGCCGUCAUCCCGAUUGGUAUGACUUGGAAAAACAAUACAAAUCCAGAUUCCAGCUAACAGAGAAGGCCGUCUUGAGCAUCAAGAAUCUCACUAUGGAAAUGGGUGGAUUCUACAUAGCGAAUAUCAAAUUCCGCUCAGGAAGGUCCCAGGAGGAACCGUUUAGACUCUGUUUAUAUGAGCCCAUCCCCCACCCCCACAUUCAGAUUCAUUCAUUAUCCAGCACGUCAGGCUGGUGCAACCUCAGCCUGGAGUGUGAGACCCCAGGGACCACAGAGAACCUGGCAGUGACCUGGCUCAGCGAGGGCCUCCGCAGGGAGCUAGAGCAGAGCGGGGCCCUGGGGUCAACCCCCAGCUCCAGGAAACUAAGCCUGAGCCUGCUCUGGAGCCAGUUGAAUGGCCUCCUCACCUGUGUGGUCAGCAGCCCCGUGGAUGAGAAGAAUGCCACCUUAUCCCUGCAGAGCGUCUGUCCACAGAGGGGUUCUCUUCAGAGCAAGUGGCUUUGGAGCGGCAUCCUUCCCAUGGUUCUGGUGGCAGCGAGUCUGAUGGCCGGAAUAUGGUUCUGGAUGACGAAAAAGAGGUUGAUGGGCAGAGGUGUGUCCAGCCUCCUGCCAGCUGUGCCGGGCUCAGCAGCUGCCCCCCAAGCCCUUGCCACAGAGGACUCUGCUGCCCUGCAGGCUUGUGCGGCCAACAGCCCUGCCGUUCUCUACACGGAGAUAGUCCCCCUGCACCAGCCUAAGGACACGGAGAAGGGCGGCGGCCGCUCACACAGCCCCACGUGCACGCCGGUGGUGCACACGGUCUACGAGCGCAUCCGGGCACGCCCAGACCCCCAGGGGGGCCGCCAGACCACAGAGACACCCGACAGUGAGGGGCCUUGGCAAGAGCCGGCUCCCCCACCCUGCGCCCCGGUCCCCAGAGACUCCUCCUUAAGAUGAAGCUGGGACUGGAUCCCAAGUCUUUCUGACCAUCCUACGGAGACAGCAGAGCAGCAGGGACUGCUCCCCUGGGCUCCCCACAAAGAUUUCUUGGCCUACAGAUUGUGGGCAGUGAACCCGCUAUUUAACACCCACAUAUGAGAACGAACCCCUCAACCUUCAGCCAGACUUCUGACCUGUGACCCACUGAACCCCUCUGGGGAACGCGUUGGCGAGGCAGCACCUGCAUAUGGAUGCUUUCCUGGCGUAGGCAGGGUCCUGGGCCCCUUGGGUGGACCUUCAGGAUCUCACCGCCCACACAUUAGCCUGCGUACACAGAGGCAUGGCUCUCAACUGUGGAAAAAGCAAGAGGCUGCAGGAUUCGGGGUCAACUGUGCUGUCAGGGGAAGUGGAGCGAGGGACGCACUUUUUAUGUCCAUCACUGACCAGACUUAAUUCUAAGCACCAGAAAUGUGCUGUCUCAGACUUUCUCGAAACUCAAGUAAGUCACAGACUUUUUAUUUCUAUUGCAAAAUAUAUGUAAAUAGUAUGAAAAUCAAAAGACACAUCUUUUUGAAAUUAUGUUUCAUUAUGUUUAUUGCUAUUGUAAAUGGGAUUUUGUUGCCAUUAUAGCUUCUAGCUAGUUAAUUAAAAUACCACAUACAUAACAUAUAUUAAGCCACUUUAUUAAAUUUCUGUGCUGUUUGUACCAGUUUUGAAUUUCUGGAUAAAUACCAUAUGAUUAACAAAUAAUAAUAAUUUUUGCUUUUUUAUUUCCAAUUUUUAUGCCUUGUUUCUUUCUCUUGUCAAUUGCAUUGGCUAAUUCCUCCAAUUAAUGUUAAGCAAAACUGAUGAUAAAGGAUACCCUUGUUUUGUUGCUUACUUUACUAUAAAUGCUUCCAGUGUUUUCCCAUUAAGCAUGAUGUUGUUUUAUGGUUAAGACAUAUACGUUUUCUCAUGGUUAAA